AUGGAACUCGUGCGAGAGGUUCUCGACCACUUCAUCGAAGACAUGCUCGCCCCUUGUCAUCCCGGCAUCGAAGCAUUCCAAUCAGUCACAAGCAAGUCCACCAUCGAUACCUCUACAGACCGCCUCUGUGAGAUCGGGGGACCCCUCCGCGGGGAACCACUCCUCAAAUCCCAGAAACGGCUCAUCGAAAGGCACAUGCACUUCACCAAGAACUAUUUGAGCCAAACCACCAUCUACCUCUUCCUCGACGACCCCUCAUCCGAUUACAUGGACCAGUACAGGAUGAAGGACUACUGCCGGUACUUGCGCUUCCCGGAGUCAACCUUCAACGACAUAGACAUGGAUCCCAGCACAACCAUACCUUUACAGGGUCUGAAAAAAGCCACAUUCUUCCUCCAUGGCCCCAUACUAGAAGCGUCCGACGUCGACUACGACCACGACGAGCAUGGCUUUGACCCGCAAACUGUCUCCGACAUGGAGGUUCCUAGCGCCGUCCCUUUUGCCUGGGAUUGGAGGAUGGAAAGAGAAUUCGCUUUAGGUGGAUGGAUUUGGUAA